CAAAUAAGAUCAAGGAGCAGCUGUAAUUGUACGUGUUUUCGUCUGAUAAUUUUAUUUAUCCGAUCAUGGAAGUGUAAUACAAACAGUGAUAAAUGUGAUAAACGAACAUGUCGAGCCGCCGUUCUAUGCUCGGGUCGGCGUUGGACUCGUUGCCGGCACCCAGCGAUCCACUUCGCGAAUUGUUCGAAGCUUGCAAAGUUGGCGAUGUUAGUCGAGUGAAAAAGUUAAUUACACCACAAACGGUGAACGCCAGGGACACAGCUGGACGAAAAUCUACACCUCUUCAUUUCGCUGCAGGUUAUGGUCGCAGAGAAGUAGUAGAGAUCCUGAUAGCUGGUGGUGCUGCGUUACAAGCUCGAGACGAGGGUGGGCUCCAGCCCUUACACAACGCUUGCUCUUUCGGACAUGCGGAUGUUGUACGUGCCUUACUGUCGGCGGGGGCGCCGCCCGCUGCCCGCGAUAAUUGGGGCUACACGCCGUUACACGAGGCCGCUGCUAAGGGGAAGGUUGAUGUUUGUAUUGCCCUCCUCCAGCAUGGCGCCGACCCGAACAUACGGAACACUGAAGGAAAAACGCCGUUGGAUCUCGCGGACCCCGCAACCAGGCCUGUUUUAACAGGUGAGUACUGUGCAGCGGAUGUGUUAGAAGCAGCUAGAUCUGGCGCCGACGACCGCCUCGCGUCCCUCCUGACCCCUCUGAAUGUGAAUGUCCACGCCAGUGAUGGAAGACGGUCCACGGCGCUGCACCUGGCUGCCGGAUAUAACCGGGCCCGGGCCGUCCGGUUGUUGCUGCAGAGGGGGGCGGAUGUGCACGCGAAGGAUAAGGGAGGGCUGGUCCCCCUCCACAACGCGUGCUCGUACGGGCACUACGAGGUGACGGAGCUACUGGUGCGGGCGGGCGCGGAUGUGAACGCGACGGACCUGUGGGCCUUCACACCGCUGCACGAGGCUGCGAGCAAAGCCAGGCUGGAGGUGUGCUCGCUACUACUGAGCGAGGGCGCGGACCCCACCCUGCUCAACUGUCACGGCAAGUCCGCCCUGGACGUGGCCCCCGCAAGGGAGCUGAGGGAUCGCCUGGCGUUCGAAUACCGCGGCCACUGUUUGCUGGAAGCGUGUCGACUGGCCGAACCCGCUAGAGUGAAAAAACAGCUGUCAUCUUUGGGGCAACAGGUGAAUUUAUCAUCCAUGCACUGCGGUCAGCAAGCUGUCCCCGUCCCCAAUGAGAGGUUGACGGAACUGGUGAACUUCCAACACCUGGGGACGGGGGACCGGCCACUGCACUGCGCCGCCGCUAGUGUCUACCCCAAGAGGAAACAGGUCAUGGAGAUCCUAAUAAGAAAGGGCGCGAGGGUUAACGAGAAGAACAAAGACGGACAGACACCCCUUCAUGUCGCGACAGAGAACGCACACUUGGACGCCAUGGAUCUCUUAUUAAGACAUGGUGCGAAGGUGAACGCGUGCGACGGGCGCGGCGAGAGCGCGCUGUCGCUGGCGGCGCGCCGCGACUGCGCCGCCGCCUGCCGCCUGCUGCUGGCGUGCGGCGCGCACGCGCCCGGCGCGCGGCCCGAGCCCGACGACGCGUGCUCGUCGGCGGCGGCGUUACGGCUUCUGGAGGCGGCGCGCGCCGGGGACGCGGACACUGCGCGGGCCGUGCUGGACGCGCGCCCGCGCCUCGUCAACUGCCGCGACGUGGACGGCCGCCACUCCACGCCGCUGCACUUCGCCGCCGGGUACAACAGGUUACCUCUGGCUCAGCUAUUACUACAAAGAGGAGCAGAUGUUCACGCUAAGGAUAAGGGAGGCCUGGUUCCCCUCCACAACGCGUGCUCGUACGGGCACUACGAGGUGACAGAGCUGCUAGUGUCGGCGGGCGCGGGUGUGAACGCAGCGGACCUGUGGCGCUUUACACCGCUACACGAAGCCGCUGCGAAGGGUAAAGCGGAUAUCGUAAGGUUGUUAUUGAAGCACGGCGCGGACCCGACUAGAAGGAAUCGCGAUGGACUGACCCCGCUGCAGUUAGUGCGCGCCGGAGACAGCGACACGGCCGACGCGCUGCGCGGCGACGCGGCACUGCUCGAUGCCGCCAAGCGCGGCGACCUCGCCCGAGCCAAGAAACUAAUCACUCCACAAAACGUCAACUGUAGAGAUGCUCACGGAAGAAAUUCGACACCCCUUCACCUUGCAGCCGGCUACAAUAACUUGGAAGUAGCCGAGGCCCUGCUUGAGGCAGGAGCAGCGGUAUCUGCCAGAGACAAGGGAGGACUAGUGCCUCUCCAUAACGCCGCAUCCUACGGUCACGUCGAACUAGCUGCGUUACUACUAAGGGCUGGAACCCCUCCCAACGCGGCCGACAGAUGGGGCUUCACGCCUCUACACGAGGCAGCCCAUAAAGCCCGGACUCAGUUAUGCGCUUUGCUGCUGGCGCACGGCGCGGACCCGUUCCUCAAGAACCAGGAGGGGCAGACGGCGCUGGAGCUGGCGGGCGCGGACGACGUGCGCUCGCUGCUGCAGGACGCCACGGCGGGCUCGGCCGGCGCGCCGCCCGCCCCCGCGCCGCCGCCCCCGCCCCCCGCGCCGCCCGCGCCCGUGCUGCUGCCCAGCGGGGCCACGGCGCCCCUGCCGCUGCCCGUCAUGCCGAGCAACUACUGGUCGGAGGGUUCUCGAGGCAGCUUAGAAGACGCUGCUGGUAGACCUGCCUCGGCGCUGUCGACCUCGGAGUCUCUUCAUACCUUCCUAACUAGCGUCGGCCUGGAGGAGCUGGCGCCGGUGCUGGAGCGCGAGCAGAUCACGGUGGACAUCCUGUCGGAGAUGUCGCACGAGGACCUGCGCGCGGUGGGCGUGGCCGCCUACGGGCACCGGCACCGCCUCCUCAAGGCGGCGCGCCACAGCCUGCAGGCGCACUCGGAGUGGUAUGGCGGCACGACGUUAGUGGACGUGGUGGCGGGCGCGGAGGGCGAGCACGCGCUGCUGGAGCGCGAGAUGCAGGCCUCCGUGCGCGCGCACCGCGACCGCGCCGCCGGCCACUUCUCGCGGUACAACGUCGUGCGGAUACAAAAGAUCGUGAACGGUCGGCUGUGGGAGCGCUACCAGCACCGGAGACGCGAGGUGGUGGAGGAGGCGGGCGCGCACAACGAGCGCAUGCUGUUCCACGGCUCGCCCUUCAUCAACGCCAUCGUGCAGAAGGGCUUCGACGAGCGACACGCCUACAUCGGCGGCAUGUUCGGCGCCGGCAUCUACUUCGCGGAGCACUCCUCCAAGAGCAACCAGUACGUGUACGGCUUCGGCGGCGGCUCGGGCUGCCCCGCGCACAAGGACCGCAGCUGCUACCUGUGCCAUCGACAAAUGCUCCUGUGUCGCGUGACACUAGGCCGCGCCUUCCAGCUCGUUAGCGCUAUGAAGAUGGCGCACGCCCCGCCGGGACACCACAGCGUGGCGGGCACGCCCAGCCACGGCGGGCUGUGCUUCCCCGAAUAUGUCGUUUACCGCGGCGAGCAGGCCUAUCCAGAGUAUCUGAUAACCUAUCAGAUAGUUUGCGAGGAGAGCAACUCGGGCGCGGUGUAGUCAGAGACAUGUGUAUAUCGUGCAGUAUUAUUAAUAAAAUUUAAUGGCGUGAACACACCUAGGGCCUAAAUUUUAUAAGACAUAGUAAUGCAUGUGGAAAUACCCUUAUUUUGUAUUUCAUAUCACGUGUAUUGUUUUGGACAUGUAUUAAACUUAAUGUUUUAUUGUGUGUGUAAAUAUAUUUAAUUGUUGUUAUUAUUAUUUCGGAAUUGACUUGACGAUGUUCAAAUUAAAUACAAGCCCUAUGUAAAAAAAUGUACAUUUUUAAGCUAGGCGUGUUCUUGUCAUGCGUUUUCUGUAUGUGGGUUGAGUUUACAAUAAGAUAGUUGUAUUAGAAUAAUUUAAUUGAAUAAUAAAAACAUGUUAAAACCGA